CUGUAUGUCCUUGGAGCGGCGGGAAAGUGGGGCGUUUGUGGCACAAUCGGUACUUCAGACCCUGAGGGGUUCAAGCGGGAGUUGCAAAAGCCAAGUUAGUUGAAAACUACGUGUUCUUCUGAUCCUUCUAGAGAGGACUCCACAUACUGGGAAAUGCUCCCUUUGACUGUGGCCUUGCUAUUCCGCGUGCGCAAAUGAUUUAGUUUUUGCGUUUCACUGUUCUCAGAAAAACCGGACAGUAAAGAGCCAGCAAGCAGAGCUGAAGGGAGACCACUGCAAAUCAGGCAGCGGUUUCCUAAACGAUAAGCCGCGGACUUGCUUGGCGCCCCUGGUGGCAGAAUGUUAAGGGUGGGUAAAGAAGCCAAGCCCGGAAAUUUCUAGAAGUCCGCUCUGUGAGCCGAGUCUGGCGCGGUGCUGUCUGCGCACGCGCUAGGCCAGCUGUACAUUUCCCCAGUCGCGCAUGCGCGGAGGGGUGUGGCGAUGUGGGGCUUGUCUGCGAGCAAGCGCUCCUCGUUUCCGCCCCCGCGCAGUCCUGUGGUGAACGCCUGGUCUCCAUGGCGACUGGACGCGGUCGGAUGUUGCAGCAGCGCUGGCUGGGCCUCCAGACGCUGCGCGAGCCCAGCAAGGGCGGUGGCGCGGCCCAGGGGCGUGCGAGGCAGGUCCCGGGGCGCUCCAGGGUCUUUGGGUUCAGAAAGGGGCCAGGGGUCAAGUUUUCUGCAGGCUCUGCUGCCCUGAGGUGCCAUGGCAGAGAUGGGCAGCACUGGGAGAGCUCUUUCUCUUGCUAUUCUGGGCUCCUGGAUAGAAUGCCUUCAGAAAUCUUGCUGAAGAUAUUUUCCUACUUGGAUGCUGUGAGCCUGCUGUGUACUGGAUGUGUGAGCAGGCGCUUUUAUCAUCUAGCCAAUGACAAUUUUAUUUGGAUCAGAAUCUACUCAACUGCUUUUUCAUCUACAAGAUCGAAUUGGAAAGUUAAUUCAGUAGAGAAGAUAGCUAUAUCUAUGAGCUUUCUGUCAGUUCAGGAUAAAGAAGCUGGUUAUUGGAAGAAAGAAUAUAUCACAAAACAAAUAGCAUCUGUAAAAGCUGCACUAGCCGACAUUCUCAAACCUGUUAACCCUUACACAGGCCUUCCAGUUAAGACCAAAGAGGCCCUCAGAAUAUUUGGUUUAGGCUGGGCAAUUAUACUGAAAGAAAAAAGUGGAAAAGAAUAUAUCAUGGAGCAUGUUGAUCUUUCCAUAAACGACACCUCAGUUACUGUUACAUGGUAUGGCAAAAAUUGGCCGUGCCUAGCAUCAUUGUCAACCUUAGAUUUAUGUGGUGUGACACCAGUUUUUAUGGACUGGUAUAAAACUCCCACCAAACAUAGACUCCGAUGGCAUUCUUUAAUUGCAAAGUACAAUCUGAGUCAUUUGACUGAAUCUACCAUGAUUGGCUGUGACAGACUUAUUCGGAUCUUCUGCCUGCACCCUGGCCUCCUGGUUGGACUCUGGAAGAAGGAGGAAGAACUGGCUUUUGUUAUGGCAAAUCUUCAUUUCCAUCACCUUGUGGAGAGGAGCACAUUAGGCUCAGCCACUAUCCCCUAUGAACUGCCUCCACAUAGCCCCUUUUUGGAUGACAGCCCUGAGUAUGGACUGCACGGCUACCAACUCCAUGUAGAUCUGCACAGCGGUGGGGUUUUCUACUUGUGUGGCACAUUUCGCAAUCUCUUCACCAAAAAAGGAAAUAUUGAAAAUGGACAUGUGAAGCUCAUUGUUAUAAAUUUUAAAAAUAACAGAGAACACCUACCUCUUAUUGGAAAAGUUGGCCUCUCAUGGAAAACUGAUAUUUUUGAUGGCUGUAUAAAGAGUUGUUCUAUGAUGGACGUAACUCUUUUGGAUGAACAUGGGAAACCCUUUUGGUGUUUCAGUUCCCCAGUGUGCAUGAGAUUGCCUGCCACACCCUCUGACGGCCCUAGCUUCUUGGGACAGAUGUACAGCAUGGACUAUGUCGAUGCAGAGGGAAGAGUGCACGUGGAGCUGGUGUGGAUCAGAGAGACGGAAGAAUACUUUAUUGUCAACCUGGUCCUUUACCUUAGUGUUGCAAAAAUCAACCACUGGUUUGGGACUGAAUAUUAGCAGCAGGUGACAAGUUAUUGUUAUUUAGUUGUUUAUUUUUUGACUAACUGGCUUUGUUCUUAGUGUUGAAAGUUAAAAUAAAGCAAAUCUGCAGAGUG